GUGUGUGUGUGUGUGUGUGUGUGUUUUCACGCAGUCAGGAAGAGCCACACCGACUCAGACAGCACACAAACACAGCCAGCAGAAGCGAUGAAUGAAGCCUGAACCACAAGCGGCUGGAUAUCGACGAUAAAGCUGCCUUGAACGCGCCGGGGUUUUUUCCCCCCUCUCUCUCCGUUGAAUCGUUUCGAUAGUGGCGCAAGGGGAGCUGAAGAUUGCGCUCUGAAGUGCGUCAGAAAGCAGGCUGGCCCAGACGCACCUGAGCAGGCAGGUGGCCUCCCCACCCUCCACACGACAGCCAAUCAUACGCUGUGAGCGAGACGCAGACACUACCAGGAGCGUCUUAUAUAACUGAGGAAGCUCUCCUGCAUCAGAAGCGUCAACGUCCUCUCCCUUUACCGUUCUGGUGGCUGGAGCCGCUCCUGUCCUGCCUGACCGGUGCUGGUGUUGGUCAGACAGCGGGCAGUGCCAUGCCCCAGGCGUAAGUGCGUGUCUCCGGGCAGACUCGGGCGUGGUGGGCCGCCGGUGGGCGUCCGGCUGCGGGAGGUGAUGAAGCUGAAGCAGCGAGUGGUGGUGCUGUGCGCUGUGCUCUUUCUCCUCGGCCUGGCCAAGGUUUUCUUGCUGGACGGAGGGGAGGGAUCGGCCGCCAGCCGCCGCGACCUGCGGGCCUUCCGCAAGAUGGAGGCCAGCCUGGCCCUGGCCAAAGGAGCUCGGCUCACGCACACCCUGCAGUCGCCGUGGGAAGUGGCCGCCCAGUGGGUGGGUCCCCGGGAGGUGUACCCGGACGAGACGCCCGAGCUGGCCGCCGUGCUGAACGCCCUGGCCACCGCUCGCGUGGAGAGGGCCGACGUGGGCUACAAAGGCACCCAGCUGAAAGCCCUGCUGGUGCUCGACGGAGGACAGAAAGUGGUAUUCAAACCCAAGAGGUACACUAGAGAUUAUGUGGUUGAAGGAGAGCCGUAUGCAGGGUACGAUCGGCAUAAUGCAGAAAUUGCUGCUUUCCACUUGGACAGGAUCCUAGGUUUUAGAAGAGCUCCCCUGGUGGUGGGGAGGUUUAUGAAUCUCCGUACUGAGAUUAAGCCAGUAGCUACAGAUCAACUGCUGAGCACUUUCCUGAUGCACGGAAAUAAUACGUGUUUCUAUGGGAAGUGUUAUUACUGCCGUGAGACUGAGCCUGCGUGUGCAGAAGGGGAUGUGAUGGAGGGAUCGGUUACCCUGUGGCUCCCUGAUGUCUGGCCCUUACAGAAACACAGACACCCAUGGGGACGGACAUACAGAGAGGGCAAACUCGCCAGGUGGGAGUAUGAUGAGAGCUACUGCGAGGCCGUGAAGAAAAUGCCUCCUUAUGAUGCCGGUCCACGGCUCCUGGAUGUGAUCGACACAGCCAUCUUUGAUUACCUUAUCGGUAAUGCAGAUCGCCAUCACUAUGAGAGUUUCCAAGACGAUGGAGGAGCCAGUAUGCUCAUCCUUCUGGACAACGCUAAAAGUUUCGGGAACCCAGCUCUGGACGAGAGGAGCAUUCUCGCCCCUCUUUAUCAGUGUUGCAUGGUCCGCGUUUCCACCUGGAACAGGCUAAACCUGCUGAAAGGCGGAGUGUUGAGUUCAGCAAUGCGACAGGCCACGGCCCACGAUCCAGCCUUCCCGGUGCUGACCGGGCCGCACCUCGCCGCGCUCGACCGCCGUCUGAACGGAGUGCUGGCCACCGUGCGGCAGUGCAUGGAGACGCAGGGAGCCGACAACACGCUAAUCGAGGACCGCAUGAACCUGCCUCAUCCUUAAACACUGGAGAAACACAUGAAGUGAAGAUGCGUUUGACUCUUAAUGCACAGGCGCCUUCCUGCUAUGGAGCCAGAGAAGCAGAGGCCACAAGAAGCCUUAUGAGCCGACCUGGUGGGGUUUGAUUUUCCCUGGAUUCAUUCAAGUCAGACCACAGAGGUCCUCCAUACUGUUUUUUUCUUGCUCUCUGGAUGGAGCGAGGAGGCUUUGGCGAACAUGUAGGUGGACUACAUUCACCUUGUUCCUGUUAUAGUUUUUCUUUUUCUUUUUUUGCCAUCUAAAUCUUGUGGAAGAAUAGCCACUACCAAGAUGGAGCUCCAAAUAAACAAAUAUACCAGUUCUUUUGCAGGAAGAUGGAUGAACAUUUUUUUUCAGAGUUGCAGAUGUGGAACUUGGGAUGAGAUCUUUGGAGUAACUAGACUCAGGAAGACGGAUCUAUUAACAGACGUUCGGAGAUCAUCUCCAGGAUUGUACAUACUGAACAAGCUUUUGAAUAAUACGGAGUAAUAAUAUUAUUGAUCUAAAGAAUAAAAUGAAUUAUGAUAGACUCACUGUGUUCUGUAUGCAGGAUGAACACAGUGUUGUACAGAGCCGGGCCGCUGUUGCUUCUGAUGUUCAGAGAAGACGGUGAAGACGACAGCAAUGUAAGAUUGCUGUGGGGAAUUUUCAGCAUUAAAAAUUAAUAUUUAAACUUACAAAAA